AGGUUAUAUUGUUAAAUUUAAUAAAGUAAGCAAAUUUUAUAGAAUAUACAUAUACUUGCGAAAGGAAUUUGUGGCCAAUAGAUCUCCCUUGGUCUCACAAGCAAGCUGCCUCCUCUCCUCUCCAUGCUCAUCUUCCACUUUUGCGUUUUUCCUCUUCUUCACCUCUUACUCAGCUCAGACAGCGUUUCGUUUCAGACAUGGACUCGACUCGGAAGCACCAGAUCGACCACCACGAGGAAGACGACGCCACAGCCCUCGAUUUAGGGAUCGACGGUGUAGAGCAUUCUGCUGCCGACGAUCAACCCCAAGAACACGGCUCAACCGCUCCCGCCAUCUCCUCGACGUCGCCACCGCGUCAGCCAUCCGCUCUUACGCUCAAGGAAGAGCCCGGGAAAGAAGAAACCCCUCAGCAACUGAGCGCGAUGCCGGCGGCGGCGUCGUUUCCUUCGAAGCGGUCGACCAAGGACCGCCACACGAAGGUGGAAGGCCGGGGACGGAGGGUCCGGAUGCCGGCCGCCUGCGCCGCCCGGAUCUUCCAGCUGACCCGGGAGCUGGGGCACAGGUCCGACGGCGAGACCAUCCGGUGGCUGCUCGAGCGCGCCGAGCCCGCCAUCAUCGCCGCCACCGGUACCGGCACCGUCCCCGCAGUCGCCAUGUCCGUCGACGGCACUUUCAAGAUUCCCUCCUCCGCUGCACCGGCCAAGUACCCGGAACCCGGAGACCCGCCCGGCAAGAAGAAGCGAAAUCUACCUGCGAACAGCGACUACGUCGUCGUCGGUGAGCACGUGACCUCGCCGAGUUCAACGAUCCUCGCACCGUCAACACAAAAUCACCAGCAGCACCCCCACCACCACUUAUUCCCUCCAGGUUUAGUCCCCAUGUGGGCCAUACCUUCGAACGCCGUCGCUUCCGGAGCUUAUUUCGUGAUCCCACACGUGGCCACCGUCCCAGCACCGGCGGUGAGGCCGAUAUCGUCGUUCGUGGCCGCCAUUCAACAGCACGACGCAACCGUAGCCGCGAAACUCGUUGAAGCUCAAGUAAUCGACUCAGUAUCUCAGGAGAUAGGCGGUGCCAACAUGAGGUCGGACGCCUCGGGGCCGAAACCGGCGAGAGCGACGUCGGUCAUGGCUCCGAGCUCGGUGGCGACGGUGAGCACUCCUCAGGUGCUCCGGGAUUUUUCGCUGGAGAUUCGCGAUAGGCAAGAGCUUAAGCAGGUGAGCGGCACAGCGAAGCAUUAGCGAGGACGCGCGGGGGGAGAAAAGAGAAAAGGUGGGGUCGGGGGUGUUUCCGCCAUUGACGACCUCCUCGGAGCAGCAGGAGCAAGGGCAUUGACCGGCUCGAAGCCGGAAGGGGCGCUAUCUCUUUCUCAUUGGGCUUCGCGAAAGAAGCACGUGGUCACGUGAACGGCGUUAUAGGGGUUCGCACGUGUAAGUUCUGGGUGGGGCCUACAUCCUAGUGGGGAUCACUUACCUUCAUGGCGGACCUCAAUACUCGCACUAAAUGGUCAAUGAAGUUUAAAUUCCAAUUGUCUUGCAAUUGAUGUACUUUGCCGAUUAAUUUUCUCAUGAAUUGCCGACGUGGCGGACAAUGCCCCAUCAUUGCCACUGGAUUCAAUUCAAUAUUAUCAUUUUCCCAAAAAGAAAAAAUUGAAAAUCUCAUUAAUUUAACUAUUAAAUAAAUGCUUAAUGCUCACUUGUAAA